AACGUAAACCUAUGCUUCCCAUGCCAAUAAAACCCCUUUGAAUUGAGAAGAGGUUCAACGGAAGUCCAGCAGAGAAAGAGACGGUCGGGGGCAGAGAGGAGGAGACACGUGAUGUUGAGUGUGUGUUUAAGUGCACAGUUUGAACCGUUGGGGGAUCAGAAGGGAAGUCACGUGUGCGUAAUGAGGGGGAAGAAGAGAGUGCGUGAGUGUCCAGUAGGUUAUUAUGUGAGAAGAGAAUGGGAGAGUUGGAGCUGGAGCUCCUCCAGGGUAACCAGGAGAAACAUAUCUCUCCGUUAAAGAACUUUGUGGCGGGAGGAGCCGGAGGAGCGUGCCUUCUGUUCGUAGGACACCCGCUCGACACAAUCAAGGUGCGGCUACAGACCCAGCCCAGAGUGCCCAGACAGGAUGUCCUCUACAAAGGUGCUUAUGACUGCUUCCUCAAGACUGUCUCCAAAGAGGGACUUCUUGGGCUGUACAGGGGGAUGGGGGCCCCCCUAGCCAGCGUAGCUCCUAUGAUGGCCAUUAGUUUCUUUGGGUUCGGACUGGGAAAACAGCUGUUGCAACCAGACCCCACUAAGACACUGAUGCCUACCCAACUGUUUCUCUCAGGCUGUCUAGCAGGUGUUUUCACGACAGUGAUAGUGUGUCCUGGAGAAAGGGUCAAGUGUUUACUACAGGUGCAGGCGCAGGCCAGCGAGGGCCAGCGGGCAGUACGGUAUGCAGGUCCUCUGGACUGUGCUCUCAAGCUGUAUAAAACACAAGGCAUCCGCUCCAUCUACAAAGGAACAACACUCACACUCAUCAGAGACGUGCCUUCUAAUGGUGCCUACUUCAUGGCUUAUGACUUCCUGAAACACAAAAUGACAGCUGAGGGUGAAAGUGUGUCCCAGCUCAGCACGCCAAAGAUCCUCCUUUGUGGCGGCAUAGCGGGCAUCUGUAACUGGGUUGUGGGACUUCCACCCGACGUGCUCAAGACAAACUUCCAGACAGCUCCAGACGGACGGUACAGGGGAACAGGUCUGGUAGAUGUACUGAGGGAGCUGCUUCGUGACGAGGGGCCCAGAGCGCUCUAUAAAGGAUUCAACGCCGUGUUCCUCAGAGCCUUCCCUGCCAACGCGGUCCUGUGGAAAAUAUAAAAAUCUACUUAAAGAAGACAAAUGCUGUUGAUUGUAGAGAGUGUUUCAAGACUGGUGGAAGACCCCCAGUAAGGCCAGAGACAGAGGAGCUGGGGGACUGAUGGAAGACCCCCAGUAAGGCCAGAGAUAGAGGAGCUGGGGGACUGAUGGAAGACCCCCAGUUGGGCCAGAGACAGAGGAGCUGGGGGACUGAUGGAAGACCCCCAGUUGGGCCAGAGACAGAGGAGCUGGGGGACUGAUGGAAGACCCCCAGUAAGGCCAGAGACAGAGGAGCUGGGGGACUGGUGGAAGACCCCCUGUUAGACCAGAGACAGAGGAGCUGGGGGACUGGUGGAAGACCCCCAGUUAGGCCAGAGACAGAGGAGCUGGGGGACUGGUGGAAGACCCCCAGUUAGGCCAGAGACAGAGGAGCUGGGGGACUGGUGGAAGACCCCCAGUAACACCAGAGAUAGAGGAGCUGGGGGACUGGUGGAAGACCCCCAGUUAGGCCAGAGACAGAGGAGCUGGGGGACUGGUGGAAGACCCCCAGUUAGACCAGAGACAGAGGAGCUGGGGGACUGGUGGAAGACCCCCAGUUAGACCAGAGACAGAGGAGCUGGGGGACUGGUGGAAGACCCCCUGUUAGACCAGAGACAGAGGAGCUGGGGGACUGGUGGAAGACCCCCAGUUAGGCCAGAGACAGAGGAGCUGGGGGACUGGUGGAAGACCCCCAGUUAGGCCAGAGACAGAGGAGCUGGGGGACUGGUGGAAGACCCCCAGUUAGGCCAGAGACAGAGGAGCUGGGGGACUGGUGGAAGACCCCCAGUAACACCAGAGACAGAGGAGCUGGGGGACUGGUGGAAGACCCCCUGUUAGACCAGAGACAGAGGAGCUGGGGGACUGGUGGAAGACCCCCAGUUAGGCCAGAGACAGAGGAGCUGGGGGACUGGUGGAAGACCCCCAGUAACACCAGAGACAGAGGAGCUGGGGGACUGGUGGAAGACCCCCUGUUAGACCAGAGACAGAGGAGCUGGGGGACUGAUGGAAGACCCCCAGUAACACCAGAGACAGAGGAGCUGGGGGACUGGUGGAAGACCCCCAGUAACACCAGAGACAGAGGAGCUGGGGGACUGGUGGAAGACCCCCUGUUAGACCAGAGACAGAGGAGCUGGGGGACUGAUGGAAGACCCCCAGUUAGACCAGAGACAGAGGAGCUGGGGGACUGGUGGAAGACCCCCAGUUAGACCAGAGACAGAGGAGCUGGGGGACUGGUGGAAGACCCCCUGUUAGACCAGAGACAGAGGAGCUGGGGGACUGGUGGAAGACCCCCUGUUAGACCAGAGACAGAGGAGCUGGGGGACUGAUGGAAGAACCCCAGUUAGACCAGAGACAGAGGAGCUGGGGGACUGAUGGAAGACCCCCAGUUAGGCCAGAGACAGAGGAGCUGGGGGACUGAUGGAAGACCCUCAGUUAGACCAGAGACAGAGGAGCUGGGGAACUGGUGGAAGACCCCCAGUUAGACCAGAGACAGAGUUGCUAGGGGACUUGUUGACCGGGAUCAUUGAUAGCCAGCAACCCCUGUAAGGUAACCCCGAUGAUGACCAUUUGGACAGUUCAGAUGAGGAACCAUUGCAAUCCUCAUUUCGUAGGAGACAUUCAUUCAACAUUUGCCAUCCUCGGACUGCAUGUUACCAAUCUCUUGAACUCCCAUAAUACAAAUGACGUAAUGAACUCAACUCUUGAAGAAAUAAUGCUCUCCAAUGUAA